AUGAGAAGGCCCGACGUGAAGGGUUACUCCAGGCGAAGGCGAUCCAGCGAAAUUGCUGAAGUGGAAAAUUCUCCUAAGCGCAGAAGAUCAAGCGAUCCAGCUAACAUCACUGUUCCAGUCAGUCGCCCAUUUUCACCUGCUACUUUAGCUAGAAAACUUGAUGAAUUACGUGAAGACAUAUUAUCCGAUGCUGUGGACCAGCUAUCAGCUGUUGAAUUGCGAGGCUUUGACAAUAAGGUGGAAACGGAGGAAGAGUACUUGAAGAGACGUGAAGAAGUGCGUCGUCAGUUGAGCAACCCAGAUGGAUUCGAUGCGAACGGAAGAACUGAGUUAAACUACGAUGCUGCUGCAAUUGCAGGCGCGAAACUGCUGAUUGAUGAGACUCGGGCAACAAGAAGCAUAUGUAAAAAGCUGCUGGAAGACUGCGGAAUCGAUGAAGAUGAAAUUUUGUAUAAACCGCUUUCGUAUAAUGAAGGAACUGAAUUCCAGUCGGCGAAGUAUCUUGCGGACUCAAGACAAGCGUCCGUGGUGGAAACGCUGGUGGAUUUUCAAAAACAGAUAAAAUUGAAGUCCGAGGUCCUCAGUUGCGUUGCAAUGCGAGGCAAUGAAAUAUCGAAGUCAGAUGGUCGACUUACUCGCCGAGCUCGUGAAGAAGAAGAACGUGAGAUCAUGAAAGCCAAUGCGAAAGCAGCAAAGAACAAGAAGAUCCUCCUUAUGCGUACCCCAUCAAAAAAUCCUCAAUUAAAUCCACUCGACGAAAAGAAGAUUAUCGAAAAGUACGCAUUGGAAGUUGCAUCUGAAGUACGCGACAAUAGGAAACGCCGUCGUAUCGCUCCUGUCCCUUUUGAUAUUACACUACUGGAUGAUAUUGACUAUAACUUCAGUGGUCCGGUAUAG